AAUAUUUUGCAGUCUACAUUAAAACCGAAUAGAUGACGUGGGUUUAUUCAUAUUGCAUACUAAAAUGCCAUCGUCUUAACGUUAAAACAGUUAAGUUCACAUAAGAAUAUUUUCCAGACUCCGAAAAAAACCAAACAUGAAGUACAUAUUGUUAAUUUGCUUAAUGACACUAGGUUUGUUUACGGUAAACACAUCUGGUAGUCCUGUAAGUGUCAUUGAUAAAUUCUUGAAGUCACAACAUGGAAAAGUGUUGACCGGACUAUCUAGAAGUAAUAAGGUUCACGAUAUGCUAAACAAAACAUUUCAUAAACUAGAAGAGACCAACGAUACACCAGAAGUAAAAAAAUCAAUCUUUAAGCCCAUUCCGAGUGAGUCAGUUGCAAACCAAACUAUAUAUCAUCAUCCAGCAAUGGCAGGCAUAAAAAGUGCUCUUAAUUGUAAAUGAUUAAUUUAUUUGUUUUUGUCAUCAUAAUAUAAUGGACUAACCCAA